AAAGCGCCCUCACCUUUGCCCCCUCCAGCUCUUGAAUCUUCUCCUGGAGCUUCUCAACAUGAACGCGGUCAGUGUGCUGUUCUGCUUCAGCCUGCUGCUGGCUGUCGGUGCCAGCCAGGGGACCAAACCCUGCGUCUCUCCAGUCUUGAUGAGUGGAGGUCUCACCGUGAUGACUAUGGACACAAUGGUUUCCACAGGGACAGUCAGCUAUGAUGCUAUUGGUCAGAGGAUGAGAAUCAGAACCGUCGGGCUCACUGCCAACAUGACACUCACAGACACUCUGAUGCUUUUUAACAAGAAAGUCUACUAUGAGAUUGACUGGACGAACUUCACCUGUACGAAGAGACCUCUGAACACAGACUUCAUCCCCAUGCAAGUUCCCCCUGAUGCUAAACUGAUGGGUCAGGUGUUCAUGGGCUCCUCCUCCUCCUGGGGAAUGGGUGUGCUGACCAACACCUGGUACGGAACUCUGCCAGGAAACGGUUAUUACUCUAGUGUGUUCACUGAGAUUGGCUGCAUCCCCUUGACCUUCUCUUCCUACACUCCUGAAAAUGGAUGGAUCACUUUAAGCACCUUCAACUGGGUUUUGGGCAACGUUGACCCCAUGGAAUAUUUUCCUCCCUUCUUCUGUGCCAAGGCUCAGCUGGAGGAGACUGAGAAACCAGACUCCAUGUUCACUGUCGUCAAGUCUCUAGCGCAGAGGAGCAAGAUGGCGGAGUAAGCAUCUGAAUAGUAGCAACAGCAUAGUCUCUGAAGCCACUCUCCACUUAUUUUGACCCCCAGAAGGCAUGAUCAUCAUGGAUCUCAAUGAUACUUAGAUAAAACUGGCCAGAUGAAAGAUACAGUAUCUUGCUAAGACUAAAUUCAUAGGCAUCAUAGGUUAAAAAGGGGGACAAAAGUCAUUUUAAACACAUUCUGGACACAUAAACACUUAUGAAUUGUCAUCAACCCUAAAAGGCCCAUUUCUCUGUACUGCACCUUAAAGGCAACCUUUACAUAGUCGGACAUCUGAAGCAAAUCUGGAGGUCAACAGUGAGAGCUGAGUGAAGGAGACUUUUCUGAAGUAGCAUUCCUGCUACAUUAUGUGUUCAGUCUCUUGAAUAAAGUCAAUAAAUGCAUUGAAAUGGACUUUAA